CCCUUAUUGUUCCGCAAAAGUAAGAAGUGUAAUUAUCUUUAGCGAAGAUAACAGUUACGAUUGCCGGAUUCGUUAGGUUUUUUUAGUUCCAAAGUCUUCAUUGCGCAUCUUCAUUUUCCUUAACAAAGAAUCGUGAUACGACUCAACAAUGAUCAGACGGACCUUUAAUUUUCGAGUAGCGCUACUCAACGGCGAAUCAGUUUCUGCACCGGUGCAGUAAGAAGUUCAGCUGGAGACGCAAGCAUUGUGUCAUAAAAUUGUACAUUUAAUAUUUAUUUGAACCAUGUUAAAAAUAUUGAGGAACUCCAUUCGUUCGGAAAGGAGCCGACAGAAAUGCAAGGGGAUCAAUGAGUACAGUCAGCAGAUUCAGUAUCGAAAGGUACUGUUUUCUGGAAUUCAACCUACAGGCAGUGUACAUGUAGGAAAUUACUUUGGCGCCAUUCAAAGGUGGAUAGAGUUACAGAAUUCCGGAAACCAGAUGCUCUGCAGCAUAGCGGAUUUGCAUUCGAUCACUUUGCCGCAAGAUCCAAAGCAGUUGAGAGAAAAUACUCUACUAAUGGCUGCGACUUUAAUAGCCUGUGGUAUAGACAUUAAGAGAAGCAUUCUCUUUCAACAAUCCAAAGUAUCGAUGCAUGCAGAGCUCUGCUGGGUUCUGGCUAGCAUCACAACCAUGGCUAGGCUGGCGCACUUGCCGCAAUUCAAGGAGAAGAGCGAAUCCUUGAAGAAUGUCCCUCUAGGCUUAUAUAUUUAUCCUGUCUUGCAAGCAGCUGACAUAUUGCUGUACAAAGCGACGGAUGUUCCAGUCGGACAAGACCAAGCCCAGCAUGUGCAAUUGGCACAGAAUCUGGCGCGAAUAUUCAACAAUCAGUUCGGACAGACUUUCCCGAUACCACGCGUUUUAGUCAGCGAUGGCCCGAGUCAGAGGAUCAAGUCUUUGCGUGAUCCCGCGAAGAAGAUGUCGAAGUCACAUCAAGACUGCAAGAGUAGACUGAACAUUCUGGAUAAUCCGGAUAUGCUGUUGGAGAAAGUGAAGAAAUCUGUGACCGAUUUCACUUCCGAGGUGACUUACGAGCCGGAAACGCGGCCGGGAGUAUCCAACUUGAUUAACAUACAUUCUCUGUUUACCGGAAAGACGCCGGACGAGAUAUGCAAGGAAGCCGCAGGAUUGGACACGGGGAAGUAUAAAUUAGUCGUGGCGGAUGUGGUCGUCGAGAAACUGACACCGAUUCGCAACCAAGUAUUGAGGUUGCUCAAGGAACCCGCCUAUCUGGAUGAGAUCUUGAAGGAAGGCUCGGACAGGGCCGCUGACCUCGCUACGUGUUGUUGGACGGAAGUUACAGACAAAGUCUUCGGUAGCGAUUCGAUGCGGGAUGUAAAGAGCGUAACAAGCACUGCGGAUGCCCAGAUGUAGCCGUUUAUUGCAAAUAGAUAUACUUUUCCAGAAAAUAGACAUUAAUUUUGCCAACGCCGAA